GGAGGCCAUGCCUCCAGCUGCGGAGGCUGCCGAACAGCUGGAGCCAUCGCGGUCACCUGCGCGGCGCCGUCGCCGUCGCCCUUGCGCCCCGGCUGCCCGGCCCGCGGCCGGCGGACUUUGCGGAGGGCGCCCGGCGUAGGCGGCGGCGAGUGUGGGCCGAGCCGGUAUUUAUAGCUCGGUGACAGCAGCGGCGGCAGCGACGCCGGCGGGCCGUCUCGCCGCUCUUCCCAGCGAGGCCGCCGGCGCGGCGGAGGGCUGUGCUCGCCCGGCUCUCCGGUGUUGCAGACACCCCGCGCCCGCGCGGCCCCAGCCGGUAAACAACGGAAUUGAAGUUUUGAAGGAUGGGUAAAGACUUUCGUUAUUAUUUCCAGCAUCCCUGGUCUCGCUUGAUCGUGGCUUACUUGGUGAUCUUCUUUAACUUCUUAAUAUUUGCCGAGGACCCAGUUUCUCAUAGCCAAACAGAAGCCAAUGUUAUUGUUGUUGGAAACUGUUUUUCAUUUGUAACAAAUAAAUACCCUAGAGGAGUUGGCUGGAGGAUCCUGAAGGUGCUUCUAUGGCUACUUGCCAUUCUCAUAGGACUAAUAGCUGGCAAAUUUCUGUUCCAUCAGCGUUUGUUUGGUCAGUUGCUCCGGUUAAAAAUGUUUCGAGAGGAUCAUGGGUCAUGGAUGACAAUGUUCUUCAGCACAAUUCUGUUUCUUUUCAUAUUUUCUCACAUCUACAACACGAUUCUUCUAAUGGAUGGGAACAUGGGGGCAUAUAUCAUUACAGACUAUAUGGGCAUCCGAAAUGAAAGUUUCAUGAAAUUAGCUGCAGUAGGGACCUGGAUGGGGGACUUUGUCACAGCUUGGAUGAAUUCUCAUCAUGAAGUGAAUAUCAAUGAUGAAGGUGACUGUCAUGGAAAAGUCACUGAUAUGAUGCUUCAGGACAAACCCUAUCCUGAUUGGGGAAAAUCUGCAAGAGCUUUCUGGAAGAAAGGAAAUGUUAGGAUCAUUUUAUUCUGGACGGUUCUGUUUACUCUCACUUCUGUGGUUGUACUUGUCAUUACAACUGACUGGAUCAGCUGGGACAAGCUGAAUCGGGGAUUUUUGCCCAGUGAUGAAGUUUCCCGAGCAUUCCUGGCUUCUUUCAUCUUGGUCUUUGACCUCCUCAUUGUAAUGCAGGACUGGGAAUUCCCACAUUUUAUGGGAGAUGUUGAUGUAAAUCUUCCUGGGUUGCACACUCCUCACAUGCAGUUCAAGAUUCCUUUCUUCCAGAAGAUCUUCAAGGAGGAAUAUCAUAUUCACAUAACAGGUAAAUGGUUUAACUAUGGAAUUAUCUUUCUUGUCCUGAUUUUGGAUCUUAAUAUGUGGAAGAACCAGAUAUUUUAUAAGCCUCAUGAGUACGGACAGUAUAUAGGCCCAGGGCAGAAGAUAUACACAGUGAAAGACUCCGAAAGUUUAAAGGAUUUGAACAGAACCAAACUUUCCUGGGAAUGGAGGUCCAAUCACACUAACCCUCGGACUAAUAAAACAUAUGUUGAGGGAGAUAUGUUCUUACACAGCAGGUUCAUAGGGGCUAGCCUUGAUGUCAAGUGUCUGGCUUUUGUUCCGAGUUUAAUAGCUUUUGUGUGGUUUGGAUUCUUCAUUUGGUUCUUUGGACGGUUUUUGAAAAAUGAGCAAGGCAUGGAGAAUCAAGACAAAACUUAUACUCGCAUGAAAAGAAAAUCACCGUCAGAACAUAGCAAGGACAUGGGGAUCACUCGAGAGAACACACAGGCCUCAGUGGAAGACCCACUGAAUGACCCUCCUUUGGUUUGCAUCAGGUCUGACUUCAACGAAAUUGUCUACAAGUCUUCCCACCUAACGUCAGAAAACUUAAGCUCACACUUGAAUGAAUCUACCAGUGGGACAGAAGCCGAUCCAGAUCCAACAACUUCUAAAAGUACACCUACGAACUAGAUUCACUUACUUGGAGACAGCACAAAAAGCAACCUUGAGUGUAACUUUAAAAAGUUAGUCUUUCCUUUUGUAAAUGUAAAGUUUACGUAGUGUUAGGUAAAGAAACACAAACAAUGCCACAACGGUGCUCAACAUGCUUUUUCUAGGACUCAUUGUUUUCUAUUUGUAUUAUAAUCUACGUGCCUCCUGUAUAUCUAACAGUCCUUUAGAGAUUGCUUUUCACAAUUGCACAAGCUAUUUACUGACUUUACAGCAUAGUAGAAGAUUAGCUGAUUACCCGUGUAUCUGAUGUUCAACCAUAGUGGUGCCUUGAGACAUUAAACUGUUUUUAACUGUA